GUCCGGUUUCGCUCCGAUUCGAAAACUCAUAAAAAGCUUUCCCAGAGCCGAAUUCCUCAUUUCAUUAUCUUUUCACCUUCUCCCUCUCUCUCUCGCUCGCUCGCAAGCUCCCUCGCUCUGCAGAUCUCUCCUUCUCCGGCGCUCCCCGAGAACAUGGCGGGAAAAGGUGGAAAGGGGCUCGUAGCUGCGAAGACCACGGCGGCCGCGAACAAGGACAAGGACAAGGACAAGAAGCGUCCCAUCUCUCGCUCAUCUCGUGCUGGUAUUCAGUUUCCUGUGGGUCGUAUUCACCGGCACCUCAAGACAAGGAUCUCUGCUAAUGGCCGUGUCGGGGCGACAGCAGCUGUGUACCUGGCAUCAAUUCUGGAGUACCUGACAGCUGAGGUGCUUGAGCUUGCUGGCAACGCGAGCAAAGACCUGAAGGUGAAGAGGAUAACCCCGCGGCAUCUGCAGUUGGCCACGGGGGAUGAGGAACUCGACACUCUCAUCAAGGGAACCAUCGCAGGAGGCGGUGUCAUCCCUCACAUCCAUAAGUCCCUGAUCAACAAAACCACCAAGGAUUGAGUUAAAAUCCAAUCCCCAUCAACAUCAACAUCAUCUUCUCUUAACUGGGUGUUAUCUGCUUGUCUUUCUGAUAUGUGGAUUAUGUGUAGUUUUAGUUUUAGACGAGGUUCUUGGUGCUUUUAAUAGCUAGGGUUAUGUCAGAAUGAUGUUUAAUUUAAAAUACUGGUUAUCGUUCGAUGUUUGUUAUUCUCAACAAACCAACCCCUUCCGGGUUCAGUAUCUUUAUUAGCUGUAUCAAAUCAAGACUGUCUCUAACUUUGCCUUCUGUGUA